AUGACUCUAGAAGUCAUCUACCUAACCCGCCAUGGCUUCCGUUCCAACUGGGUAGUCGACCCCAAAACAGGCACCUACAGCGCCUCCAUCCCCUCCCCCACAGGAAUCCCCUCCGACCCAGCUCUCGCUGGCUAUGGCGUCGCCCAAUCCCACGAACUCGCCGCGCACCUCAAGACCCUAUCGCCGCCAAUCGAGCGUAUCUACUCCUCGCCCUUCUACCGCUGCAUCCAAACCAUCACACCAACCCUCGACGCAUUGUCCUCCUCCCACUCCCUGAAAGUCCGCGGCGAAAACGGCAUCGGCGAAUGGUACGGCCUAGCACGCUUCGACCACCCAUCCCCCGCCGAACCAGCCCUUCUGAAGACCCUAUUCCCCCACUACGACGAGACCUACACGCCGGUUAUAAAACCGAGUGUUAAUGGCGAGAAUAUAGAGGAAUUGCAUAACAGGACUGCAUACGCACUUCACCGGAUAAUAGAGCAGAGCGACAGGGAAGGCGUGAAAGCCAUCGUCAUCUGCACGCAUGCGGCUACAUUAAUAGCGAUUGGGAGGGUGUUGACAGGCCGCAUGCCAGAUGAUAUCGCAGAGGAGGAUUUCCGGCCUUUCACGUGUGGCCUGAGUACCUUUGUGCGGGAAGGAAAGGAGGUGCAGGCCGGGGUGGAAGAGUGGAAGGGGCCGGAAAGUAGGAUCCCGAGCGUGGACUGGAGGGGUGGGAAAGGGGUAGGGGGAGGGUGGAAGCUGGAGGGCAGUGGGGAGUGUGGGUUUUUGAGUGGUGGGGAGGAGAGGGGUUGGCGGUUCUCGGGAGAUGAGAGUUUUGUUGCGCAGCCGGGACAGGCGCCCGCAUUGGAUGCUGGGUCUGGACUUGGUGUUGUUGUUGAGGGAAAUAAGGGGAGUGGACCGUCGAGGUUAUGA